GGGAUAGGAAGUGGCCGGACUCCUUAAACCGCCUCCGGCCACGCGGCCCCACGCAAAGCCUUAGGGAUAUGUAGUUCGCAAAGGCUGCCCUGCUACACGUAUUUACGAAAGCAGCAACGCGUCUGGUGAUUCUUACAUCUCAGAGAAUAACUCGGGGUGUAAUUUAGAGCAGAAAUGACGAGCCCCACCGCUUCCGGACGGAACUGUCAGCGCCUCGUUCUCUUGGGGUGCUUUGUUAACCUACAGGUAACGGUGACCUUCGUGUGCUGAGUGCAGGACAGCCAUAUAGGGCGGACACUUCACAGAGUAACGUUACAAUGUCUUGGUAAGCCGAAAGCCCAGAGACAGGACUGUCCGGUGGGAACGUCCCUCAGCUUUGUGGUGCCUGACGUCGCGCUUAUGCUGUGUCCCCAAGGCGUCUAUCCCGUAGACACUCUGUUCUUGGCCAGAGCAGAUCUUCAGUUCUCAUGCCGUAAAGCCUGUAAGCUGUUCGUGGUGAGUUACUGUUGUGGAGGAGUCUCUCCUCCCGGGACGGUGAACGGGCUGGGCGUAUUGCGUAGUCCUCACACCACACCUUCCACUUUCGCUUGCACUGAUAAUAUAAACGGCUACAAACCUUUGUCUUUCUGGAAGUGAAGUGGACAGCUCAUGACAGACAUGAAUCGUGAAUGGACAUCAUUGGUGGCUACUCUCAUAUGUGGUACUGUGGUCACUGUGACAUUCCUGAAAUGGCUUGGGCACCAGAAGGUCCAGAAGAAGAUCCAGAGAGCCCGGGCAAGGAGAGAUGCAGGACUCAGCCAGGCACAGCAGACCGUGCAAGAGUUCAAGGAAAAGGCAGUGUUUCUCAGACGUCCUAAACUCCAGGAGCUUUCUGCCAUCAAAUCAAAUCAAAUUUAUUUGUAGCGCUUUUUACAACGGAUGUUGCCACAAAGCAGCUUCACAGAAUUUCGGAAAAGACAAAGUUUCAACAGGACUGUAAGAAUGUACAGAAACCCCGAAUCCUGGGCUUGAUCUGAGUCCCAUUGUGGAUCUUCCCUUGGCCAAGCUCACAAAGCAGAUAAGAGCGGGAUCCCUGCAGCCUGAUGCUGUGCUCCAUGCCUACAUGGACAAGGCUCUGGAGGUGAACAGGAAACUGAACUGCAGCACUGACGUUCUGAUGGAAAGCGUGAAGCAGCUGUCAGAAAUCGAGUCCCACAGAGAUGGCCUUCUCUAUGGAGUCCCAAUCAGCAUUAAGGAUAACAUUGCGUACAAGGGCCAUGACUGUACUUGUGGUGUGUUGUGUAAGCUGGAUGACCCUGCAGUAAUGGACAGUGUGGUGGUCACUGUACUGAAGAGGCAGGGAGCAAUUCCCUUUAUCAAAACCAAUGUUCCACAGGGCCUUCUCAAUUAUGAAUGUAGUAACCCAAUCUACGGGAUGACUGUGAACCCCUGCAACCUGCAGAAGACAUGUGGCGGCUCGUCGGGAGGGGAAGCUGCUUUGAUUGGAGGGGGUGGCUCUAUCCUGGGUCUGGGGACUGACAUUGGUGGAAGCAUUCGCAUCCCAGCAUCUUUCUGUGGCAUCUGUGGCUUCAAGCCCACAUCCAACAGGAUAAGUUUGCGUGGUGCAAAUUCCUGUGUCAAAGGCAUAAAGUCAGUCACAUCUUCCAUUGGUCCCAUGGCCCGGGAUGUGGAGAGUUUGGCUCUGUGUAUGAGAGCUUUGCUGUGUGAGGACAUGUUCACUCUGGACCCUACAGUUCCACCAUUACCAUUCAACCAACAGUUGUAUGAAAAUACAGAUCGCCUGAGGAUAGGCUACUAUGAGAAUGACGGGUACCUGCAGCCAUCUCCAAGCAUGGCCCGAGCUUUCCAAGAGACCAAGAAACUUCUGGAACAAGCAGGCCAUACGCUGGUUCCAUUUAAGCCCCCAGAAAUGUACACCACCAUGCAUGAAUUUAUAGUGAAAGGCGCUGUUGCUGAUGGAGCCGUCACCCUUCUGAGCCACCUCAAGGGCGGCCCUGUUGAUCCUUCUGUGCAGUCUCAGAUCAUGCCUUAUAGCUUUCCUCGCUUUGUUAAGAAAAUCCUCUGCAUCAUCCUCAAACCUAUCUAUCCACGUAUGGCUGCGGUUUUGGAUGUACUUAAUGGAGUCAACUCUGUUGCAGAACUGUGGAAACAGCACCACGCCAUAGAGAACUAUAUCCAUCAAGUGAUUGCAGAGUGGAAGGAGCUGGAGCUGGAUGUGCUGCUGUGUCCUAUGCUGGGACCUGCCUACAACUUCAGUUACUGUGGAAAGCUCACAAGUGCCCUGAGUUACACCAUACUGUACAACCUGCUCAACUUCCCAGUGGGGACCGUGCCUGUAACCACAGUAACAGCUGAAGAUGAAGCCAAGCUGAGUCAUUACAGAGGAAAUUUUGGAGAUAUCUGGGACAAGCUGUUUGUCAAGGCAGUUCGAGGCGGUGUGGGCUUGCCUGUAGCUGUACAGUGUGUUUCUCUGCCAUGGCAAGAUGAGUUGUGCCUUCGCUUCAUGAGAGAGGUGGAGAACGUCUGUGCCUACAACAAAUCCUCCAACAAGACAUGCUAAAAAUACAUCUGCGCGCACACACACACACACACACACACACACACACACACACACACACACACACACACACACACACACACACACAGAUCAUUCCAAUCUAUAGACGAGCGACAGAUUUCUGGAAUAACCUGUAUGAAUGAGUGGAGAAACAGUGCAGAUACUUCCAGACAGGUAUACUGCAUUAUACAAUUAAGAAAUUAAUCUUAAUUAAUCUUGUCAUGCUCUAUAGCAUGUAUACAGACCUUGAUUUUGGAUGAAAAUACAGUCUGUGAAAAAUUGCUCUGUGGAAAAAUACAUCACAUAAUGUACACCAAACGGCCACUUCAUUAAAACCUCCUCGUUUCUACAUUCAUUGGGUAUUUUAUCAGCUCCACUUAUCAUAUAGGGGCACUUUGUAGUUCUACAAUUACAGACUGUAACCCAUCUGUUUAUUCUGCAUACUUUGUUAGCCCCCUUUCAACAUACUACUUAAUGGCCAAGACUUCCACAGAGCAAGUUUUAGUUGGGAGGUGGAUCAGUGUUCAGAGUUGGAGUGUGUUGUGCUGGUACAAGUGGAUCAGACACAGCAGGACUCCUGUAGUUUUUAAACACCUCAAUGUGACUACUGGACUGAGAAUCAUCCACCAACCAAAAAAGUCUAAACUGUGCAGCAGCAGAUGAGCUGUCGUCUCUGACUUUACAUCUACAUGCUGGACAAACACAGUUGGAGUGACUAAUAGAGUGGACAGUGAGUGGACAGUGUUUAAAAACUCCAGCAGCACUGCUGUCUGAUCUGGUUGUACCAGCACAACACACACACACAUGCCAUCACCACAUCAGUGUCGAUGCAGUGCAGAGCAUCAUCCACUAGUCAAAUAAUUCCUGCUUUGUGGUGGUCCUAUGGGAGGUCCUGACCGUCGAGGAACAAGGUGGAAGGGGGGCUAACAAUGUUUUCAGAGAAACAGGGAAUUCACUCUGCAGAACUGCUAAGUGCACCUAUAUGGUAAGUGGAUGUGAUAAAAUGGACAGUGAGUUUGGAAACAAGUAGGUGGUUUUAUAGAAGUGGCUGGUCUGUGUUUAUAUUCUGCUAUUGCUAAUUACAACAGUCCACAAAGAACUUGGACCUCGUAUGUUUAAGAUCUCUUAAAUAUUUUGUACUGUCUAUGCAAAGAUUUUGCAGUUGUAGAAAUAGUUUGCAAUUGCAUUUUCAGUUUACUAACAGAAACACAAACUGUAAUUAUUUCUACAAUUAAUCUGUAACAACUAAUUCUGAAUCAGAUCAGAGCACUUUUAGUAGAAUUUAAGCAUGUUGCAGGUUUAAUAUGAAGACUGUAAAAAUCUUGUAAUUACAACUAAAGUAUCAUACAUUAACAUUUAUACUACUCUAAUCUAUUUAUAAUGUAAAGUUAAUUUGUCAUGGGAACUCACUUAAAAUAAACUUUUAAACUUUAACUGUUAGAAGUCCAGAGAUAGUGUUUUUUACUAUGUUUCAUUUACACAACUGUUUUAAGGGAAAUGGUAUAAUUAACAACAUAAUUUGAAUUAGAUUCAAUUUUGUACUUCAGCUUUUUUCUGCUUGACAUGACAAAACGUGGCUAUAAUGUAAAUUCUUUCUUCAAAUCACGACUCCACACACGAGGAUGUUUUUAUCAAAUUCUUAAUACAUAUUUUCUUAUGCUUGCAAAUGUCGUACGGCGUGAAGAUUUAGAAUCCGUACUUUUCCUCCUCAGUUGUUUCAGUUAUGCACGAGCAAGAAAUAAUUAAUAAAAAAUUACAGCGUUUGGUGUUGCGGACACGACAGACUUGCGGUGAGAAAGCAUAGCGAAGGAAUGCUGCAUUUUGCGGGAUCACAGUCGUUAUUUGCUGAUGUUCGUCCUGCUGUCUAAUGUUGCAUGAAUAGUGUGGUGUAGUAAUGUUAAGAGAAGCAAUAGCAUUCAGUAGGUGUCAUUAUACCCAAUGACACCGAGACCCCACUUUACUCAUUGGUUGGAAAAUUGUCUUUGGAGGAGGACGAGACAAACAAUUCACAUAUUUGUCGUUUUCUCUCUGCCACCUCCGCUCUGCGGUUUCAGACGAGCGGAGCUCAUUUUCUGUAGAGGAACAUUUAGAGGUUCCAGAGAUGAACGUAAUGACACAUGGAAUUUUCAUUUGGACUCCAUCAUCCUGCUCAUAUUGUAAAUAUGUGUUUGUGUUGGGCUUUACAUACAUUUAAAUGUUUUAUCUUUA